ACUCUUUCCCUCUUCUUGCAACUCGCUUUACACCACUCUGCUUCCAACCGCCUCGACCAUCUUCAGAACCUUUCGAAUCUCAAAUAAUAAAACAAAAUGAGCAACGUCGAGUGGGACAGCAAGCUCGUCAUCGGCAGCAAGGCCAUCCGCCCAGCUGCCGUCAAGAAGCAAUCAGACUUGAAUGGUGCGAUGCGGACAGGCGCCGUCGUUGCGACUGACAAGAAGGUGACUGGUGGAACAAACAAGGGUCAUGUCGGACCUGACCACCAGCGCAUCGCGAAACUCGACCGUGAAAACGAGGUUGCGCCACCUCCAAAGGUCCCCCCAACAGUUGGCAAAGCGAUCGCAACUGCACGAGGUGACAUGAAACUCUCACAAAAGGACCUAGCACAGAAGGUCAACGAGAAGCCUUCCGUCAUCCAGGAAUACGAGAGUGGCAAGGCCAUCCCUAACCCGCAGAUUCUUGGUAAACUCGAGCGUGUUCUCAAAGUCAAGCUGCGUGGCGCCGAGAUUGGGAAGAAACUGGAGGGCCCAAAGAAAGCUUAAUUUUUUUGUGUUCCCCUCCACCACAAAGGAAAUUUGUUCUUCCCAAUUCUUAUUGUUAGCUGUGUAAUCCUUAUUACCAAUUAGACAUGUUUAGCUUGUUGCUGUCAUCUUGUCAUAUGUGAAUGACAUCUAUUUCGUUGCUGGAAAGUAAACCAUAG